UCCUCCUCCCUCUCCUCCCCCCUCCUCCCUCUCCGUGCGCUCUGGUCCUCCUCUGCGCGCUCUGUGGAUCGCCUCGGACAAACUGCGGCGGAGCGCUGGAUCAUCGAAAAGUGUGCAGAAUCGGUGUAUAGGUAUUGGGUUUUGGGUCGGAGUGUUUCGAAAUUAUUUUUUUGUGGGUAUUGUGUUGUUUUGUGACUUAUUAGUAGUUUUUUUUCGCCGUUUAACCAUGGAGACGUUGAGAGGUCUCCUUGCGCUGCUCUGCGUUUUCCUGGCCGGAGCGCAGACAACGACCCAAAUAAACAAGUUUGCCGAUUGUCCGGUUGACCUUUUCUUCGUGCUGGAUACAUCCGAGAGUGUCGCCCUCAGACAGAAACCUCCCAACUUUUAUAUUGACCAGAUCAAAAAAUUCACCACUAACUUUAUAGAUGAACUCAAGGACAUGCGCCACCGAUGUGACCGCAUCCUGACGUGGAACUCAGGAGCGCUGCAUUACAGUGAUGACGUCAAACUGGUGCGAGCGCUGAGUGAUUUGAGGACUCAGCGCGAGGAACUGAAGGCCGACGUCAGGGGCAUCGACUACAUCGGCAAGGGCACUUACACUGACUGUGCCAUCAAGCAGGGUCUGGCUGAGCUGCUCAUUGGGGGCUCCCACUACCAUGAGAACAAGUACAUCGUGGUAGUGACCGAUGGCCAUCCCAUUACUGGUUACAAAGAGCCAUGUGGAGGCGUACAGGAGGCCGCUAAUGAAGCCAGGCAGCAUGGAGUCAAAGUGUUCGCUGUUGCCAUCUCACCUGACCAGGAGGACACCAGGCUGUCAGUCAUCGCCACAGAUUCAAACUACAGACAGAACUUCACUGCUGCUGACGACUCCAGGAGCACCAAGAUGGAAACCAUUCGCACCAUCAUCGAUAUGAUCACAAACGAGACAAAGGAUACGUGUUGCUCUUUCGACUGCAAUGCUCCAGGAGGGCCCAAAGGAUCUAACGGAGGCAGUGGCGCUAAGGGAGAAUCAGGCAGACCAGGGAUGCCAGGAGAGAAGGGAGAUAUUGGCGCCACGGGCAACGUUGGAGAUGCUGGUCCCAUUGGUUACAGUGGAAUGAAGGGAGACCGUGGUGGCCGAGGAGAAAAGGGCGGAAGAGGACACAAAGGCUUCAAGGGAGACAAAGGUCUAAUAGGGAAUGACGGAAUCGAUGGACGCAAGGGUGAGGGUGGUUUCGCUGGUCUUCCCGGCUGUAAAGGAUCUCCCGGAUCAGAUGGCAUGCAAGGAGAGUCGGGACCAAAGGGAGACUCCGGUCCUUAUGGGCUGAAAGGAGGAAAAGGAGAUGCUGGAGGAGAUGGCGAAUCAGGAAGGCCUGGAAACUACGGCCCUCUGGGACCUCAGGGUGAUCGCGGCCCUGGCGGAAACAACGGGGACAAUGGAGAGCGCGGCGAUGAUGGCUCACCGGGACAGGAUGGCAAUCGCGGCGAGAGAGGACAACUUGGAGAGAAAGGCGAGCAAGGUUCCCGUGGAAACAGAGGGCCGAGAGGAGACCUGGGGGAGCCUGGACCCCGUGGAGAGCAGGGGAGGGAGGGCUCAGCUGGCCCCAACGGAGACCCUGGCAAGUCUGGCAAGGGCGGGUCUCCUGGCUAUAGAGGAGAUGAAGGCACACCUGGACCAGAAGUAUUGGCCUCUCUCUCAUUCUCUUCUAAUUUUCUGCUUCCACAGAACAACAAAUCAGGACCUGAAGGAUCUAAAGGGGCCAAAGGUCACAGAGGAUCCGAGGGCAAUCCGGGACCUAUUGGGCCUUCUGGACCACCAGGAACUGAUGAAUGUGAAAUUCUGGAUAUCAUCAUGAAGCUCUGCUCUUGUUGUGAGUGUAAGUGUGCAGCGAUGGACCUUGCCUUCAUCGUGGACAGCUCAGAGAGUAUCGGUGCCACCAACUUUGCACUCUCCAAAGACUUUAUCGUCACAGUCAUAGACAGGCUGAUCAAAGACCAGCAACUCAAGUUUGCAGGCAAUGAGUCAGGUUUGAGUGUGGUCCAGUACAGUGGAUCACAAGCCCAAGAAGUUAUCCGACUGAGCGGCAGCCUUGGCCUCACCGCAUUUAAACAGAAAGUGAGAGACCUGGAGUGGCUGGCUGAGGCCACGUACACAGGCGAGGCCCUUGAUUUUGCUCUGAAGAACUCAAUCAAACUUAUGACGCAUGAGAACAAAGUCAUCAUCGUUCUCACAGACGGACGUUCUGACAUUUCGAGGGACAAGAUUCCCCUCAACGUGCUCUGUGGUCAAGGCCUCAGGGUGGGUGGAUUAGGCGUGAAGGAUUAUUCAGGCCGUGAGCCAAACCAGGAGCAGCUUGGGGAAUUGGUUUGUAAGAGUGACCCCAAACCAGGCUUUCAGUUUGUCUUGGACAACUACGCAGAACUUCUGGAUGACACUUUCCUUCAGAACCUCACAACCAAUAUCUGUGCAGAAAAGAAAUGCCCCGACUACAAAUGUCCCAUCUCUUUCUCUGAAAGUGCCGAUAUCUUGGUGAUGAUGGAUAGCUCGGCCAGUGUGGGCCAGAAGAACUUUGAGACAAGCAAGACCUUUGUCAAUCGCUUGGCUGAGCGUUUCCUGAGUGGCGAGAGGAAGAGAGGUGCCACUGUCAGAGUGGGUGCAGGCCAGUACAGCAGGAGCGCCCGCAUGGAGCAGGCACCAACUACCAAUCUGACCCUGCUGUCCUAUAAAAUUGAGCAGGCAGGCUUCCAGAAUGAUGGCACCAACGUGUUAGAGGCCAUGGAAUUUGCCAUGAAGAGUUUGCAAGGCCGCGGGGACGCAUCAGGAGGCAGGAGGAAGCUGGUGCUGUUCUCUGAUGGCAGGUCUCAGGCCAUCACCGAGGCCCUGCUGGAGAAGCGUGCUCGUGAGGUGUCGGACGCCGGGGUCGAGCUCUUCGUCAUCACCAUCGGCACCCAAGUCAAUGAGGCCAACCUGCGCACACUGGUGAGCAGAGGGCGGCCAGACGACAUCAGCUACGCCCAGCGGCAUAUCUUCCGUGUCCCAGACUACGCUUCUCUGCUCCAUGGGGUCUUCCACCAAACCGUCUCCCGCAGGGUGUCCAUGCCUUGAGUGCAGGGCUCUGUACAACAGGACCAACACGCUUUAGUUUUUUAGUCCCAAUAUGAAUAUUCAGUCUCACUCAUUUACCAUACACUGUGUUCGAGUAUGUCACAAAUGACAAAUGAUUGUGUGGCAGACUAACAGAAAUGUCUUAAUGAAAUUUACUUGGGACUUUUUUACCCUGAGUUGAGCCUCCAAUGGUGAUUCUCUCGGGCUGUGUACAAUUUCCACCUCCUAUGCUGGGGUCAUUAGACUAUAACCCCGACUGAUGGUGCUAACAUAAACUAUUUUGGAAUUUUUUUACUUGUUGUGACAAGUACACAGCUGGGAGGAAUUGCUCCCAAAAAAAGGCAAAGUUCAGGCUAAAAAAGUCCCAUUCAAAGAGGUUGCUUCUGUCCCGGGGAGCCAUCAGUAAUGAAACACAACUAAACAAAAUGUUUAGCUUUCAAAUGCAUUGAGCUGAUUUCCACUCAGGUGUUAUGCAUCACUUUAUACCAGUGUUAACCCGUGCUCUCCCUUACUUCAACUAAAAAGUGUGGUAAAAUGAUCCUGUCUUUCUGGGACCGGAGCUCCUGACAUCUGAAGAAUUUUUUUAUUUUUUUUAUGUGAACUCAGUUUUGUAGCUCUUACCACUCUUUCAAGUGGUGUCGGAUUUGUGGUGUCACAAUUUUACAAUGUAAGCAAACUGACCGCAGCUGUGGAUUGAAAACAUAGAAAUUCUUUGGUGAAUGAUUCUCUGACCCAGAUGAUUGUGCAUUUAGAAGACUGGGGCACGAUUUGCCAGUAAACUUUAUUUUAUAUAGGUCUUGCCUCGAUAAAGCAUUGUUGAAAAGGUAAUUUAGAAAUACUCUGAUUUUUUCAAAAGUUGUAGGAAACUCACAUCCGACAUCACUUAAAAGCUCUAUUAGAUCACCAAACCUAAAGGGAAAACAGGACAUGACAUCAGGCAGACUCCAACAUUAGCACUUCACCUGGAUCUAAUGAGGACACGACAGCUGGACUCAACAUGUGUGAUUCGGCCCGAGUUUGUGUGUGAGUGUGUGUCUGUAUGUGUGAGCACCUCUGAGUUAUCAUCAAUUACAUAUGGGAGUGAAGGCGAUUCUUUUAUGUGUAGCCUUGGGGGAUUGUUCCAUAAACAGUUGUGCUGGGGUCACUGAUUCAAAUGACAGAAUGACAGAAACCUGUGCAGAGAGACCUCUGUCAAAUACACACAUACACACAUACACGCAUACACGGACACACACCUUGGUGCUUCAUCAGUGAGGUAGGAAAACAUCUGUCAUGGUUGAAGGCUGGAAAAUAAACCUAAUGGGACUGGUGCUGUUAGCCCCACCCACAUACACAGAAAACUGUGUCUGCCUUCAUCCCCUUAACUGUUAAGUUGCACAAUUUCUGUUUCAUCAGUGGCCCAAAGUCACUGUUCUGGUGUUAUUAUCUGUGGUGCUAUUAUUCUCAGUGUUUUAGCCCCUUCCCAUGUUGUUUAAAGAAGAUAUUUUUACCUGAGGAUACAAAACUCAGUACUGUUGUAAGAGCUCCUUCAAUAAAGGUUGCCACACCAAA